AUGGAUAGCUUCAGGGUUUUUGGAUAUGAGCCACAUUCAGUUUUUCCAUUCGGCAUCUUUGCACUUCAUGACAACGUAGGCUUCAUGUCUGUUUCAAAAAUAAGAUUUCUUGUUACCAGCACAUCUUUUUAUGUACCAUUUUUGAGACAAGUAUGGACAUGGUUGGGUUUUACAUCAGUGGCGAAGAAAAACUUAAUUUCCUUGUUGGAAUCUGGCCAUAGUUGCAUUCUAGUACCCGGUGGAAAUCGAGAAACUCUUUUUAUGGAGCAUGAUUCUGAGAAUGUAUUUCUUAAAGAAAGAAGAGGAUUUGUUCGAAUAGCAAUGGAGAUGGGUCACCCUCUUGUUCCAGUUUUCUGCUUUGGUCAGACAAAUACCUAUAAGUGGUGGAAAGUUCCUGGUAUCUUAGUUCAGAAUUUUACAAGGUUUAUCAAGAUUAAUCCAAUAAUAUUUUGGGGAAUACUAGGAUCUCCUAUACCAUUCAAGAAUCCAUUGUAUGUGGUGGUUGGUAGACCUAUUCAUGUUAAGAAGAUUCCAAAACCAACGACAGAACAGGUUACCAAAGUACAUAGUGAAUUUGUUGAAGCACUUCGAGAUCUUUUUCAAAAACACAAGGCUAAAGCUGGAUGUACAAACCUUGAGUUGAAAAUUGUUUGA